AGAAAUCCGAACGCAGCUGGUGGAGCAGUUCAAAUGCCUGGAGCAGCAGUCGGAGUCUCGCCUGCAGCUGCUGCAGGACCUGCAGGAGUUCUUCCGCAGGAAGGCCGAGAUCGAGCUGGAGUACUCCCGCAGCCUGGAGAAGUUGGCUGAGCGCUUCUCUUCCAAGAUCCGCAGCUCAAGAGAGCACCAAUUCAAGAAAGAUCAGCACCUCCUUUCCCCUGUGAACUGCUGGUACCUGGUGCUGACGCAGACCCGGCGGGAGAGCCGAGACCAUGCCACCCUCAACGACAUCUUCAUGAACAAUGUCAUCGUGAGGCUGUCACAGAUCAGUGAGGAUGUCAUCAGGCUCUUUAAAAAGAGUAAGGAGAUUGGCCUCCAGAUGCAUGAAGAACUCUUGAAAGUCACCAACGAGCUGUACACGGUGAUGAAGACCUACCACAUGUACCACGCAGAGAGCAUCAGUGCUGAGAGCAAGCUGAAGGAGGCAGAGAAGCAGGAGGAAAAGCAGUUCAACAAGUCAGGGGACAUCAGUGUGAACCUGCUGCGGCACGAGGACCGACCUCAGCGGCGCAGCUCUGUCAAGAAGAUCGAGAAGAUGAAGGAGAAGAGACAAGCCAAGUAUUCUGAGAACAAGCUGAAGUCCACCAACGCGGCUGUCAGCAAGUACUACAUCCACGACGUCUCCGACCUCAUCGAUUGCUGUGACCUGGGAUUCCAUGCCAGCCUGGCUCGGACCUUCAGGACAUACCUGUCUGCUGAGUACAACCUGGAAACCUCUCGCCACGAGGGCCUGGACAUCAUCGAGAACGCCGUGGACAACCUGGACGCACGGAGCGACAAGCACACCAUCAUGGACAUGUGCAACCAGGUUUUCUGCCCACCACUGAAGUUUGAGUUCCAGCCACACAUGGGGGACGAGGUGUGCCAGGUGAGCGCCCAGCAGCCCGUGCAGACCGAGCUGCUGAUGAGGUACCACCAGCUACAGUCCCGACUGGCCACCCUCAGGAUAGAGAAUGAAGAGGUGCGGAAAACGCUGGAUGCCACGAUGCAGACCCUGCAGGACAUGCUGACAGUGGAAGAUUUUGAUGUGUCCGACGCCUUCCAGCACAGCCGCUCCACUGAGUCGGUCAAAUCAGCUGCCUCAGAGACCUACAUGAGCAAAAUCAACAUCGCCAAGAGGAGAGCCAACCAGCAGGAGACCGAAAUGUUCUACUUCACAAAAUUUAAGGAGUACCUGAAUGGCAGUAACCUCAUCACAAAGCUCCAGGCUAAACACGACCUGCUGAAGCAGACCCUCGGAGAAGGUGAAAGAGCUGAGUGCGGGACGACCAGGCCCCCAUGUCUUCCCCCUAAGCCACAGAAAAUGAGGAGACCUAGGCCUCUCUCAGUCUAUAACCAUAAGCUCUUUAACGGCAAUAUGGAAACGUUCAUUAAGGAUUCAGGACAGGCCAUUCCACUUGUCGUAGAGAGCUGCAUCCGCUAUAUCAAUCUCUAUGGCCUCCAGCAACAGGGCAUCUUCAGAGUUCCUGGCUCCCAGGUGGAAGUCAAUGACAUCAAGAACUCAUUUGAGAGAGGUGAAGAUCCCCUUGCUGAUGAUCAGAAUGAACGGGACAUUAACUCAGUGGCUGGAGUCUUGAAGCUGUAUUUCCGAGGACUGGAAAACCCCCUCUUUCCUAAGGAAAGGUUUCAAGAUUUGAUAUCUACCAUAAAAAUCGAGAGCCCUGCCGAGAGAGUGCACCAGAUCCAGCAGAUCAUCGUCACUCUGCCUCGGGCUGUCAUCGUGGUCAUGAGAUACCUCUUUGCUUUCCUUAACCACUUGUCGCAGUACAGCGAUGAGAACAUGAUGGAUCCCUACAACUUGGCCAUCUGCUUCGGGCCCACGCUGAUGCACAUCCCCGACGGGCAGGAUCCGGUGUCCUGCCAGGCCCACGUCAAUGAGGUCAUCAAGACCAUCAUCAUUCACCAUGAGGGAAUCUUCCCCAGCCACCGGGAGCUGGAGGGGCCUGUGUACGAGAAGUGCAUGACUGGAGGGGAGGAGUACUGUGACAGCCCACACAGCGAGCCAGGCACCAUCGAUGAAGUGGACCAUGACAAUGGGACAGAGCCACACACCAGUGAUGAUGAGGUGGAGCAGAUUGAAGCCAUAGCCAAGUUUGACUACAUGGGCCGGUCCCCACGGGAGCUGUCCUUCAAGAAAGGAGCCUCUCUGCUGCUGUACCACCGGGCGUCGGAAGACUGGUGGGAAGGGAGACACAACGGGGUGGAUGGGCUCAUCCCCCACCAGUACAUCGUGGUGCAGGACAUGGAUGACGCGUUCUCCGACAGCCUGAGCCAGAAGGCAGACAGUGAGGCGAGCAGUGGGCCACUGCUGGAUGACAAAGCCUCCUCCAAGAACGACAUCCAGUCUCCAACGGAUCAUAUCAUGGACUAUGGCUUUGGAGGAGUGAUGGGCAGGUAGGGGAACUCUCGUUUCCCUGUGAACAUGGAGCUGGUCGCUGCCAUGUGCAGGGAGAGUCGGUGUGUGGGGUAGGGCAGGAUGGGAAGGGAAGGCUC